AUGUGGUCUGCUUUUGAACCUAACGAAAUUCUUCUACCUGCAAGUCAGAAUGGCAAUAACACCAACAGCAAUAAUCCUAUCCAACCACCUGAUGUUUUCCAAAUGAUGUGGAACAGCGCUUUCUCGAGCUUCGUCAAUCCUAAUGUUAUCAAACCUGGAACUGAGAGAGAUGAAGCGGUUCUACAAAAGCACCUUUGUGCUACUUCCCUUCUACAACAAGCUCUAUCCAUUCUCUCCAAACGAUCUUCUACUGAAUUAGCUGAUAAUUCAAUUCCUUCAAAGAAUAUUGAAGGAGAAUCCGGCGGAAAUACACCACCCUCAUUCCAAAACCUCUCCUGUUCUGAAACCACCCUUAAUUCACCUCCAUGGUUGCCUUUUGGUGUAGUCUCAACUCAACCAAUCAAGCAGUCUCCUCCAGUUAUCGAUUUAUCUAAAGAGAAACCCCAAUCGCCGAAAAAGUACGAUAAAUUCUCGAUACCUCACUUGUUAGGUCAAGUGUCGUCAUCACCAGACGAAAACAUACGACCUGGCAAAGUCUGUUUUGAGUGCAAUAAUUGUGGAAGAAGCUAUGUAACAAAGACGGGUCUUCAGAGGCAUCAAAAUCAGUGCUCCAACAAGGUGUCUGAAAGUAUUCCAGCAUCACCGGAGUCUCUAGACCCAGAAGAUAGUCAAGCAACUUCUCCAUCUCCAAAUAACUCAAACGUUUCUAGGCAGUAUACUUGCCAUGUUUGUACUAAGGUUUACUAUUCAAUGUCCGCUCUGAAAAUGCAUAUUCGUACUCACACACUCCCAUGUAAAUGUAAUAUUUGUGGAAAGGCAUUUUCAAGGAUGUGGCUACUGAAUGGGCAUCUUCGAACUCAUACAGGGGAGAAACCGUUUGCCUGCCGAGUUUGUCAAAGAGCCUUCGCUGAUCGGUCAAAUCUGCGAGCCCAUAUGCAGACGCAUUCCGAGGUGAAACGAUACCGGUGUGACGAUUGCGGGAAAACCUUCUCUCGUAUGGGUCUGUUGACGAAACAUACUCGUUCUGGUUGUACAAAUAAGACAUCCACCAGUUCACCAACACCCCAAUCCGCUACACAAUUCCCCUGGAACUCAUCAUCAAUUUUUUCAUGA